CCCUGGCGCACGAGACCAACAAUGGCAGGAAGAGCGAGGUCAAUAGCGUGGGCUCGUCUGGUCAUCAUUUCCUCCCUGGCUGUCACUUGGUGUCUGGGGAGGCUGCCUCUCCCCGCCAGUCUUGGUAAGUUGCCAACACUGACACUGGCCGGUGAGGCACUACAAGCGGUGUUGUCUGAGGUGACUGUGGACCACUGCUCUGUCAUCCUCCUCACUGACGGUACCGCCUCCUCAACACAUUUCUUCAGGGUGAAGGACCAGCUGGUGGCUCCCUGGGGUAUGGCAGUGUUGGAGGUGUCAGCCGAGGGUCAGGACACUAACCUCACGCUCUCCCUUGUGGUUGGCCAGGCUCAGAGGGUAGGUCACUCUCACAUUGCUGCUGAUGCAUGUAGGUCACUCUUACUAGCUGAUGGUGGUAGCUCACUCUCACAUUGCUGCUGA